AUGAAAGAUAUAUAGAAUCAUACUAUUUAAUGUGUACGCUUUAAAAUUCACAAAUAUCAAAGCUAAAAUAAAUAAGGUAAAGCAUAUCUUUAUUUUAGCGAUUACAAUUUAUAGAUAAAAAAAGACAAAUACUUUCAAUAGUAUCUCACAAUUCUAUCUAUUUUAAAACUCAAUUUCCAAUCUUAUAAUUUUAAUAUAUUAAAAUAUGUAUUUUUUUCCUAUAUUUUGCUAGCUAUUGACGAAGUUAUCUUUGAAUUUUCAAACCAAUUAUUCUAUAAAAAAGAUAGUGAAUAAAAUAUUAAUUUAAGUGAAAUUAGGAAAUUAAUUCUAUCAGCAGCUCUUUAUAUAUUUGGAUAUAACAAAUAUAUCCUCAAGGAAUGA